AUGGCGUCCUUACCUGAUGGUUAUGAAUUGGGCUGUUACUCGUCUGCAAACUUUACCAAGGAACUUUUAUACAGGUACAAAUAUGGCGUAGCAUGUGUUUCGAAUGUGGACGGUAGAGGGAAUAUGUCGAUUUACUCCGUGAUGAGGAGGCAAGGAAAGAGACCAAAACCUAUCUUCGAUUAUGCCAACAUUCUGGGUUAUGUCGGCGGCGAGAUAAGAGAUGGCUUCUGCAAUGCGAAUCUAAAGGAAGGCGAAGCUGUUCGGUUAAUGCAGACGCACGUUGAUCUUUCACAAGGGCGAACCAUCAGAAUGGUGUACUGUCCCGUCGAAGAGGUUUCCGCUUUGUUCGUAGUGCCGCUGCACCAAAAAGCGCUCUCAAUGGGCUUGGAUUUUCCUGACAAGAGCACUGCAUGUGCUUUUGAGUACUUCAAGGAGGUUGCCAAUUACUGUCCCUAUAAGAAUGUAGAGGAGUAUUUUGAUGCCAAACUUGGAAAAAGCCCACGAAAUGUCGAUAGUAAGAACUUCAGUAACUACAGAGCUGAAUUAGAAUCAUGGUGGCUAGAAAAGUCUGAGUUAUUGUACCAUGACUGUCCUUUACCAUCCCAGCCCCCUACUCUUAACCUGUCCAGCUUAAGUUCCAUGACAAGUGCAGAGGAAUUCAUGUCAGGGUUCUUGCAACAGGCCACCCAGUGGAGCCGCAACUAUGACGAUUCAGAGUCUUGGAAGAAAACUGUGGUGCAAAAGUUCACUUCUGCACUUAACUAUGAAAGAUUUGGAGGCAUGGCCAGGCAGCAAGCUUUGUGGUACAUAUGGAUGGGUGAUACUGAAAGAGCUAAGGUGAUGGUAGAUGCCUGGGAAGGGCUAGAGAAAGACAAGAAAACAGCAGCUCUCCUUGAUGUGAACAAUGUUGUUAUUGAUCAUAUUCUUGGUGCAACCCUGGCAAAUCUCUCAAGUCGAGGAAUGUGUCUAGGUCAGAGCAUUAUUGAUGCCAGAUUGACCCCUAAAGGCCAAUGUGACACCUGUUUGAGUCCUGUAUCCCCAACAAAGAAACGCCAAGGUCUCAACGUCAUGACUUGUGUUGACAAAGAUGCAAAUGGUGAGUUUGGCUGCAAAUCUGUGCGUGAGAAUGUGGCAAAAUUGCUCUUUGCUGUGUCUAAGUUUGGAAUAAAUAAAGAUUUCACAUUUUCUGCCAUACACUGCCUGAAAGAAGCCCUCCACACCUUCCUCGAGCAUUCCUUUCAGGUUCUGUUUUGGAGAAUCAAGCCUACAAAUCCCAUGACAGUAGCUACUGAGAAAGAAGCAGUGCCGCGGUUCAUACAGUUGCUGAAAACUAAGGAGAAGUUAGAUGUGUCUGAAUGGGUAAAUUCCUGUAGUGUUGUGUUAAGUGAGGCUCUUUCUAAUCAUUGUAGUAGGAAGCUUGGUGAAAGAGAUGUCAAGAAGUUGUGUGACUUGUUCCACUCAAAGAUGAAGAAAGUUGUGGCAGAGUUCAAAAAACUGGUCAAAGAAGAUGCUUCCACAAACCCAGCUGAAAAGUUGACUGAAGAAGAUGCCAGUAUGGAUCUUUUCAGAAAAACUGUGGCUCCAUCUAUGGCCCAGCAAUUCAAGCAUAAAUGGAGGCUCUUUUCUGACUCUAAAAGGAAGAAGCUGUUGACAGUGGAUGCAAAAUGUCUUGUUCAAGCUUGCAGUGAAACGUUUGAGCAGAUGGAGAUGAUAGGUAACAGAUGUGGCAUGGAAGGUAAAGCAGGACCAAUGAAAAGCAAGAGCGAGACAGAAGAGUCAACAGCAACAACCAUGGUUGAAAAUGGAAAUACUGAGGGGGAUGAUUACAAAAAAAAUGCUUCAAAUCUUUCAUCUGAUGCAGCAUUAUCAACAGGUUUACCAGAGGAAGAUGAAAGAGAAAGGAAGCCACCUGAAAAGUGUGCUGAUGAGUCCUGUCCUUGCAAGGAUGAUCACAAGUUUUGGCAACACUUGGUUGGCGUUUUAACUAGUAAAAAAAAUCCCAUUCCAUUCUAUAAUUGCCUUGUCAGUGGAGAUUUAGUGUUGAAGGAAGAGCAUUGCCUUGACCAGGAAGGAGAAUUCUUUGAUAAAAUGGUGGAUAUGAAUGAAGAGCUGUUUGCACAUGGCUCCACCUGUACAAUCAAUGAUGAAGUGUUCUCUGAUAAGUGCCCUAGGCUUUGUUUGCUUUGCUGUAUUACAUGUCAUCGUUUGUUGCCAAUGCUGAUGGAGAAUGUCAUCAAUACGUUUGGAGAAAUAGAAAGAAAGGACAACAUCAGAUUUGAAUGCCAACCCUGUCAAGCUUGUGGCACUCUUGAGAGUCAGCCUGGAGACUUCAAGCGAUGUGGUGGUUGCAGAAGUGUUUUUUAUUGUGGUCGGAAGUGUCAAGCGCGUGACUGGAAAGCUGAUCAUAAACAGCAGUGCAAAGCACAAAACAAAGGUGUUUAAACCGGUAAGCUCAAAAAAACUUUUACCUUAACCCUUUCAUGACUCCCAAAAGUGAGAAAAGUCGAAAUCUGACAAAAUUUCCAAAUUUCAUUUUGUCAAAAUGCUGAGAAGCAGAAAGUGUAGCAUCCUGUGAAAGCAGCAAGAAAGACAUUUCAUUUGAAUGGUCACAUAGCAUGAUUUCAUGCACAGACUCAAAAGUUACAACUAUCCAAUUGUUUACUAUAAAGUGAAAUUGAUAAUAUUGUGUUGUUUCUAAAAAUAACCAUACUCUACACUAUGAGUACAGCAUAUAGUUGGCAGGGUUUUCAUCAACAAUUCUAGUAGCAGGAGAAGGUUGUAACGUUACAGGAAAAUAUUUUGAAAGAGGCUCCUCAUCUGAGUAAAAUUAGUCACAGGCUACCAAACAUCAGCCGGAGAAUUUUUCAUAGUAAACGGAGAAUUGUCCAAUCUCCGAUGCCUAAUGAACACCCUGAUUUGGUUUGAACCCUUCCACCCCUCUCAAAAUUCCAGUGUAGCUUCAAACUUUGCUAUACAAAUUUCACUUUUAACCCCUCCCCUCCUCCCCAUAGGAAUUUCCAGGUACUCUCCGUGGGCUGGUUGUAGAAGUUUUCUGGAACAAAACAUUUUGUUAUUAAAAAUUUGGUUUGAAAAUUUCUUGCAACCCAUUCUCCCUCUGCCAGACACGCUGGCCAAUUUAUUAUCUUGUACUGUCAAACAAAUGGACCAAAAACUUUUGAUAGGUAUGUGCAGCUUGUGUGGAGGUUGUUUCCUUCUGAAUAUCAGGCAAGGAUCCACACUUAAAGAAUACUAUGACAUUUUUAGGAAAGGCCUGUUGUGUCAUGUUAUAACUGUGAAGAUACUUUGACAUUUGCUUUAGAUUAUCAUUAUUUUUUUUACUUUGCAGAGGACUGGAUCAGUGAGUUGACAUUUUGCCUCUCUGUUUACUAUAUGAAUCCUCUGAUGCCAUAUCCCAGUCAUUGGACACUGCCAAUGAAAAGACAACAUUGCCAAGAUAAACCAUUGAAUGCAAUUCAGUUGCUGAAAGCACCUAUUUUCCCGCUAUUUAUAAUAAUGGAACAACAUUUUUUGCUACAAUUUAUUUAACACUUGAUAAUUAGUUGUUAUUCACUUUAUUGUCAACAUCAUAGAGUUGUAGAUGUAAACAUCACAUGCGGUCCAAACUCUCAUUACCAGGAAAGCUGUAGGUGAC